AAAAUAAUCACGACCUUUAUAACAAUAACAUUCUUACUGUCAGUAGAACAAAUACGUUCAUUGAGUGAACACACAACAUGUCGGAUACAGAAAAUAAACUGGAACCCGAAGAAGAGCCGUUAAAGGAAAAGAAUACCAAAACUGAUGAAGUUAAAGAAGAAGGUUUCGUUAAAAAACUAUGUCGUUUAAAAUCAAGUAUAACAGUAGAACCGAUAUUAGCCGGUCUAAUAGUACCGUCUAUGUUGGCCAGACUAGCGAUCCAAAAUCUGAAUUUAGAUAAAACAUGUAGAGUGAAAUUAGGGUAUAACGAUAGUAUAUGUGAUGCACUCAUUGACAGAACGGGGAACCUGACAGACUACGAAGGUGAAGUCCAGAAAGUCAUAUCGAACAUCGAAUCAUGGAAGAGUGUGAUCCAGACGUCAAUUCCAACGUUGCUCGUGAUAUUCAUGGGGGCUUGGAGCGACCGGACUGGAAACCGAAAAAUCUGUAUUAUGAUGCCAAUUUUUGGAGAACUUUUGGUGUGCUGCAGCAAUUUGCUCAGCACCUUCUUCUUUGAUCAGAUCAGUGUUGAAGUGACGAUGUUUCUCGAAGCUUUGUUCCCUGCUUUUACCGGAGGCUGGGUAAUGGUGUACCUUGGCGUCUUCAGCUACAUCAGUGAUAUUACUGACGAAGAAUGCAGGACCUUUCGAGUGGGACUCGUGAAUCUCUGCAUGACGGCUGGUAUUCCUAUAGGGACAGCUUUGAGCGGAAUAUUACUGAAAUUGUGGGGUUAUUAUGGAAUAUUUACACUCUCCGGAACAAUUUACAUCAUAACGUUAACUUAUGCAUACCUAUGUUUGGAAAGCAACACUAAACCGAGUAAAGACAGUGAUGAGGAGGUGAAACCAGUAACAUGUUCAGACAUGGUGACGUUAAUAAAAGAAACCGGAGAAGUAGCUGUCAAGAAGAGAAAGACUAAUUUCAGGAAGAAAAUUCUUUUGACACUCUUUGUGGUAGCUGUCAUAUAUGGACCAAAUCAUGGUGAACAGAAAAUCACAUACAUGUACCUGAGAUACAAAUUGAAAUGGGACGCGCUUAAAUACAGCCUGUACUCCACAUACAGUAUUAUCACACAUUCUAUUGGUGCUUUGUUUUCCAUCAGUGUGUUCAGCAAACGCUGGGGCUUCCACGACUCCGCCCUCUGUCUCAUAUCUAUCGUCAGCAAGCUCGCCGGCUCCAUCCUUUUAAUAUUCGUCCACACAGACUUCCAAAUGUUCAUGAUUCCUCUUGUGGAGAUAUUGAACGCUACUACAUUCACGUCACUAAGAUCAAUGGCCUCCAAACUGGUUCCUAGUGAGGAGAUGGGUAAAAUGAAUUCGCUAUUCAGUUUGGUGGAGACCUUAGCAGCCCUGAUGUUCGACCCGACCUACACAGCUCUGUAUGCGCGCACGGUCACGGUGUUUAGUGGAGCUGUCUACGUGUUCAGCUCCUGUAUGACGCUGCCAGCUAUAUCUGUACUCAUAUGGGUCUUCAUUACGCACCGGAAAGAAACAAGCAAAAAGACAAAGCAGAAUAAAGAAGUAGAAGCGGUAUACAGCACAAUAUCACAAGCAAAUGAAAAAAACAUUAAAUGAAUAUUUUUUUUAAAGUCU